UCUGAGCGUCGCUUUACAGAAAGCGGAGACCAUUCACUUCGCAGCUGCAUCGACAUCUGUCUGGUGUCGACGGUGGUUUCGCUCUCCGUUUCCAGUGCGAGAAGGAUACGUGCUUGAAGCCACCAAUUGGAAAAAAAGUCAAUAUGAGUGGGUACGUCGGUGACCUUAGUAUCAAGCAAGAGAACGCACUUCAACAGUUUCGAGAACAAGCGGGCCAUCUCCUAGGCAAGGAUGACAGCGACUAUGCCUGUUUACGAUGGCUACGAGCCAGAAACUUCGAUGUACAGCAAGCGAAGAACAUGUUGCAAAAGCACAUGACCGUGAGGAAACAGCAGAACAUAGAUAAUAUGCUGAAGGACUAUCAACCAAGACCGUUCAUCAAAAAGAACCUCAUUGGUGGCUGGUGUGGCUUCGACAAGAACGGAGGUCCCAUCUGGUUAUAUCCUUUUGCCGGACUCAAUGUCAAAGCUCUCCUUCGCGGAGCGAGCAGCGCGGAAAUCCUGAAGCAAAUGACGUACCGCUGUGAGCUGAGCGUCAAGCUAAUGGAGGAACAGAGCAUGAAGCUGGGACGUAACAUCGAAACCCACACGUGCAUCUUCGACUUCGGCGGUUUUUCCAUCAUUCAGGCGUUCCAGCCUGACGUGCUCAGUCUGCUAUCGGGAUUUAUUAGCCUCUACGAAGCCAACUACCCAGAAAGGAUGCAGGAAGCGGUCGUCAUUAAUGCUCCUACGCUAUUCACCGUUCUGUUCAAUCUGUUAAAGCCUCUACUGAAUGGAAGGACGCUGCAGAAGGUAUCCAUCUUCGGAAAGGAUAACUGGAGAGAGUUCCUAUUGGAACGCAUCGACAAGGAUCAACUCCCGGUACACUGGGGCGGCACAAAAACCGAUGAGAAUGGAGACCCCAUGUGUUCUUCUCUGAUAAACGUCGUCACCCCUAUACUGGAAGAAGAGUACAAAGGGAUCCGUAUGUCAAAAGCGGAUGAAGUGACCUGGGUGACUGUGGAAAGACGAGCGGUCCACGAAGUUCCAGUCGAGGUUGCAAACACUGGAGACACACUGUGCUGGGAAUUCGAGACAGAGCAGCACGACAUCGCCUUCUCCAUUGUCCGCCGGUCGGCUCUCGACGAUCAAGAGGAAGAAGAAGAGGAGGUGCAUCCGUGGGAACGCCUUGAUGCCCAUAUCCGAAUGCAGGAGGGCAGCAUCAUCUGCGAUAAGCCAGGAACCUAUGUACUGAAGUUCGACAACAUGUACAGCUCCUACCGAAGUAAGAAGUUGGGAUACGUUAUUCAUGUGGUGCCCACAGCGUCGGACGACAAAAAUGACGUUUCGACUGAUCUCUGAAUGCUGAAACGACAAAUACGGGACCUUCAUCAUACACCCUUUUGUCAGAGGGAUGUUGUGACGGGACCCACCGUCUAAGCGUCUGCGCAUAUAGUCAACCUACACGUCCUUCUCGUACAUGGCUCAUGUACCGAGAAAUUGAUUGCACAGAGCUGUAUUUUUCGUUCGGCAUAGAACUACUUUGUAGCGCCACUGUGUGGCGACUAUAAGCGACAUCUGCAAAUGGUGUCUUACAUCCGUGUCCGUCGAUAACGCGUGCAGGACACAUCCUACAAGCGCGAGGUAAGCUCAGCGCACGGUCCUUUCUUGCUCAAUCGCGACAUGUUUGGCGUACGGCCACACUCUAUGAAAAAAAAGGAGUAAAAUGGGGAGUAAUUGCAGCUUCUAGUCCCCUAGACUGCAAUUACUCCCCAUUUUAGUCCCCUAACCUCGAAAUUUACUCCCCGGGACUGCAAAUAGUCACUGAACUUCACAAAUGGUCUUCCGAAUGCAGCAGUCUACGUAAAUAUGUAAGCUUGGUCAAUUUGAUGGCAUAAUGCUGGUAUAACUCAGCCACCUUCACACUUUUCCACCAACACAGAGUAAGAAACAGUUAGCGCUUCUUUCUUCACAAAUUGUACCCUAUGUAUGUCGCAAGGUUUUAUAUCAGUCGAUAUAUCACGGUUGACGGUUUGAUUCGAAGUAUUUUCAUGCAUGCACACGAAUCAUGUAUCUGGGACUCUUAGAACAGAGCGUGAAACGCAGUCUCCACUCUGUGACAUUCAUUUACUCCCGUGAAUUUACUCCCUAAAAGGACUAUUUUUUGUGGCAAUGCAUCUAGUCCCCAAAAGGAGUAAAAUUACUCCCUUUUUUUUUCUUACAGUGCAGGGUCCACCUAGGACACCUUGUAUUUGUACGAUUUCCCCAGAAUCGCGUGUCGUUUGAGGGAUCCCGUGCGGGGAAAGAACGGGACGUCUUCUACACGAGCAGAUAACGUAAAAUUUUUUGGGGGAAGGCCGUCUCCGGCCAUCAAACAACAACAACAACAACUUUAUUUUCGGCCUUGGAGAGUGGGGAGUUUCAUCGCAACAGGCGAUACUCUACCCCAGUGCUUGGUGGAAUGGGGGGAAUAAAAUAACGAGCCCCUUUACAAUAACGAUCGAAGUCCGAUGGUGUCCAGAAAUGUCAGAAGAGCUUUGAGCGCAGAGCGUUGCUGGGCUGGAUUGGGCCAGGGACCAAGCAAUCCGGCCCGGACCGCAAGGGACCCAAGCAAGGGACCGGCCAUCAAGAUUGUGAUAACACUUCAUGAAACAAAGAGAGAAUGGGACUUAAUCGCUAUUAAACUCGAAUCCUCCUUGGCAAAUGGCACUAUCAGCUCCAAGAAGAACGCAGACAUCAGUGAGAAAGGAUUGACUUUCCUCCUUUACGCGUUAUCUAAUGUUUUAUAUUUAUGGUCUUUCUGGUUUCUUAUUAUCUUUGUCCGACGGAAACUUUCGAAUUGCCUGUUCGGAAAUUCCACAGUCUGUUGCGUGCUGUGAAGACGUGAAGACAUCUUUUAUGUACAUAAUACUUGUAAUAUGUAUGUAUGUAUGUAUGUAUGUACUCUGUGCCUUGUAUAUGUACUUUUAUGGACAUAAUACAUGGUACUUGCAAAGCGUGA